AUGGCUCCCUCCCUCCUCCAAGCAUCAGCAGCUUCCUACGUCUUGCUCUCCCUCGGACACACGAUCGCAGGCAGAGACUGGACCUCCGACCCACGAUUCAAAGCCAUCGCACGCACAAAGCCCUGGGCUUGCGGGACUGUAGGCUGGUAUCAGGUAUCGUCCAAACUUUCCAACUCUAAUCUACCAUCUAGUAUGUUUCUUGGUAUGGUGGCUGAUUCUCGUUCGUGUAUACAGGGAAGUGGAUUCUUGCUCUUGACUGCAGGUCUUCUUCACUGGCAGUGGGCAAAGGAUCCUAGUCUUCUUCAGGACCCGGUUAAUAAGGCCAUUGCUGGGAUUGCCAACUUUGUCCUCUGGGCUAGCACGGUUUGGUAUGCUAAGCAUGGUAUUCAUGAUACUGCUGCUGUAGUUGGGUUGUCGGCUGCGUUGCAAGCCUUUGGGGUUGGGAAGGCUAUUCUGUGA